AUCAUCGUCGUCGUCCCCUGCGAUUCGGCAGCUGCGCAGCUCGCGAGCUUUCUUUCUUUCUUUGGAUCCGAGCGUUCGGAGCUUUGAUUCGAGGACGAAGGGCGAGGGGAAAAAUUGCGGCCGGGACUUCGGGGUGGGGACGAGGAGAGCGAGAGAGGAGCAGCAUCGAUUGAUUCCCAUCUGAUUUUGUGUCUGUCGUUGUGAUGGGGGCCUACUCUGCGAUUUGACGGAAGUCCGGUUGGGGAAGGCCGAGGAGGUUGUUCUCGGGCUCGAAGGAACGGAACUCGGGCCGUCUACGCGGUGGGGGCGCGCUGGCGGGGCGGGGAGAUCGUCAGCAUUUUGUUUGAUACUGGCUUUCGGGAGGUCGCUUUUGAGGAGUGGAGUGCGAGCGGCGGAAUUUGGAGCGAUUGCGACGAGGAGGAGAGCGAUGACAGAAAAGCGAGGGAGCAGUCGGAGGAGGAAGAGGAGCAUUGAGUGAGAGCUUUGCAGGCCAGCCAGCCAAUCGCAGGCGGGCGGGCUGUGGAAGAGUAUCAGCAGCACCAAAUCUUCGCCUUUUUUUCCCCUUCGUCCUCAUCAGAUAUUUCAUCUUUUUGCCGACCGCUUUGUUCCCUCUUGUCCACAGCACUCUGCUUUUUGACCUUCCUCCUCCACCUUUCCUGCUUCAAGCCCUUCCCAUGACUUCGUCUUUCGUCCUUCUCCACCUGAAUUUGCCCCGCUGACAUGUAUACAGUGUGGCGAUUCUCAUGUGUCGUGUGAUCGUAGCACUGACACAGAGAAAUUAAGAGACGGAGAGAGGGAGGCGGUUUACUCCAUCCCGUUGCUAUUCAUUCUUCCACGUCAAGAUGAAGCAAGUUCGAGAGGGCCUCUACAUCGGAAACAUAUCCGAUGCCAAUUCGGUAUUUCAAGGAAUGCACCCGCAUGUUACCCACUUACUCUCCCUUCUCUCGUCUCAAAUCCUUUAUCAACAAAAUCCUAAACCUGGCGAUCCUUACUCAAUUGUGACCUUGCGCCCUGGUGCCCAUCUUCAGCAAAUGAACCACCAGACUGGAGGCAAACAGACUACAGGUCUACCCUCCACACCUGAAUCUGUUCCAGUUAAGUCCGAUGCCGGCAGCCGAAGUGGCCACGAAUUCGUUCGUAUGACAGUUCCUUUGAAGGAUAUGGAAUCGGAGAAUUUGUUGGACCACUUGGAGGCCUGUAUGGAUUUUAUCGAGAAAGGGAGAAAGAACGGAGCUGUUCUGGUGCACUGCCUCGCAGGGAUCUCUCGCAGUGCAUCAGUAAUCUUGGCAUAUCUGAUGCGAACCGAGCGUCUUUCUGUAGAAGAUGCUCUGACCUCACUUCGUGGAUCGAGCGAUUCCGCUUGUCCCAAUGAGGGCUUCAUGGAGCAGCUGCAAAUGUUUGAAGAGAUGGGUUACAAGGUCGAUCACGAGAACUCCAUCUACAAGAAAUUUCAUGUUUCAAAUCUAGCCAGCGCCGGAUGCACUAGUAUGGGGCGGCCACUUAUGAACCAUGUCUGCAAUGUUGUUGGAGGAGUUAAGGGGAAGCCUAUGGCAAAGGAGAAAAAAUCGAAAGCUCCAGGUUCGCCAGUGACCCGGGUGCGACUAACGCGUCUUUGGCGGAGAAUUUUGGGUCACAAAUCAAUUUAAGUGAAGAGAAAAAGGUGGCCACUUUGUAUCGGUGCAAAAAGUGCCGAAGGUUAGUAGCUUCUGAGAGUAACAUCGUGGCACAUAACCUUGGUUUGGGAGAGCCUUCAUUCAAGACGAAAAGGAGGGGGGUUGGACGUUUCCAAGAUGAUGAAUAUGGAGAGCCGAAGUGUUCAUCCAUCUUCGUGGAGCCGAUGCAGUGGAUGACAACAGUUAUAGAAGGACAUGUGGAGGGAAAGCUUCUGUGUGCUACAUGUGAAGCACGACUCGGCAAUUUCAACUGGGCAGGACUUCAGUGCAGUUGCGGAGCAUGGGUCAAUCCUGCCUUUCAACUUCACAAGAGUCGUAUGGACUUGACCUGGACAUGAUAAGAUAGAUAUAAAAGCAAGUGUGACAAUCCCAGCUUAUCAACAAUCAGGGCUACAGGGAAUACACGUGCAUCUAGUUCUCGUAGAUUAAACACUUGAGCUAUCUACCUAACCAUGCCAGCGAGUCAGCACCUGCUCUUUGCCAUCUGUGACUUCAAAUAAGAUUUGGUUGCGUUCGUAAGUAGUGAACCUGCCACAACCCCCUCUCCUGGAAUGAAGUUUUAAAUGGCUCUCAGCUCAUGUAAAUUCAACCCUCCUUCCUUGGAGCUCUGAAUAAUUUUUUUUGAUGGUACAUGUCAGACUCGAGAAGUUCUGAUGUGUUUUUCACUGUGCCGGUUUUCUCAUGGCUGUGUGGCCAGCUUACUCUUCGAGGAAACCACAUUCGGAGGGACCAAUUUUAUGUACUGGUCGUUCUUAUUUCCUACUAAAGUUGACCAAGCGUUGAAGCUGGUCGUUAACAAUUGUUGUUCCUUCUCCAGGGUACUGACUUGAGGUAUUCCUUGGAAUUCAAACGCACUAUUAUUACAUUUUUU